CUCCCCCCGGGCAAUUCCUGCCGCGGGAGCGUCCUGGGACCUGGCGUCGGUGACAGACUCGGGCCGGGGAAGGUCGGAGCUGCCCGGGGUCCGGCCCCGCGCUCCUGAGCCUGCCAGCGCCCUAGGAAACCCGGCUAAUCGCUCCUGGGCGCCUGCCCGCCUCUGGACAGUGCUGAUGCCACUUCCCUGCCAGACGGGGGGCGUGUCUGCGGAGUGGCUGCGGGUUUUGUUUCAGGAUUGAUCAGCCAUCUGGUACGAGUGUGAAACUUCAACGCCCAUUGGCUAAUACGUAUUUUAGAGCGAGAACUAGAACAGGUUUAUACAAGUGUAAAGGGCAUUACAGUUUAUUUCAUGGCUAAUGGCCCGGGCAAAAGCGGGCGAGGUUUCUUGGGAGAAAUAUAGUUAAUAGAAAGGCUUUCAGAAAUUGAGCUUUUUUUAGUUAACUGAGUUUCUGAAUCAUCAUGCUGUCUCUUGUAUGGUGACUCUUAGACGGUGAUUCCUGCUUGGAGGUGCAGUUUGCUGCUCUAGACUAAUAAGCUUUGAUUUGGUAGCUACUGUAAGUUGCAACUUUUUAGCUAUAAUAUUGGGAAGGGAAAACUUGCUUUUAACAUGAGAUUAGGCAGUAGCUACAAAAUGUAAAAUGUACUCUAAUUCUGAAAAGCUUACUCCACACACAUUGUGAUGCUGAGGUUGUUUUAGUUAGUCCAUUGUCUUUCAUUCUAAAGAAUUACAUCAAAUUUUACAGUUUUUCAGAUGUUGCUGCUGCAUUUGUUCUGUUUUUUAGAAUAAGUGGGGGGGGGGUCCUGGUUUUUUGUACAUCUACAUACACAAUAAUUGUUUUCAUUCUCUACUGAAAUACAGCCAUCUGGGUUACUUUUGCCACAUUUGUAAUGGUGCACAGCAAUGCUACAUCAGAUUAGGAAAAGGACCGAACAAUAUUAUGUCCAUUGAAAUUGCAGGUUGGAGGCGUCAAUUGGGAGAGCGUAGUCAUGCAACUUGAAAUUUUUUAGCAGGAUGCCAGGAGAACACCACAUUCUUUCAUAAUGUGUCAUGAGAUCUGUUGUGAUUAAUUUCAGUUUUGAGUUUGAUCUGAAAGAUUGCACUUCAGCAUAGUGCCCACUAGCACUGGCCUGGAGGAACGGGGGAAUGCUUCAAUAUUUGACUUAGAAAGCAGAGUGCCAUAUUCAGAAUCACUGACACCUUUCUCCUCUUGGAGUUGAGAGCAACCUGUUAAGUUAAGCUUGGCUUCAGUGCAACAUAAAAUAAAAUAUUGCUGUUCUGAAGAGUUUACAAUCUAACUUGCCUGUUGCAUAUACUUUCCCAUUUCUUAUAGCAUUGGAAUGAUAGAUUGUCAGCUUUUCUUUUAGCAGUGAAUUGUACAGUGGUUUGACUUGUUUUCCUUUUGUUGAACAACACAGCAGAUGGCUUGUGCAUAGACAUCUGCAGGCUGUCUUUAAUUAAAAAAGGCUUCUGCGAGUACACUAUUUCUGUACGAGCAUCCAGUUUCAUCUCCAUAUACUCAGCCCACUUCCAAGAUUUCCAAUACACAUCUUUGCUUUCCUGUGUAGAGUUGAGUGGCUUCAUGUCUCAUGUUUUAAUACCAGAAUGGAUCUAGUCAGACCUGCAUCUUGCAGGCUGUAGUUUUGACAGUGAUUCAUUUACCCAGCCUAACAACUUGUUGAACUGGAGUGUAUCUUUCAGAAAAACAUCCUGUCUUGAUCUGUAGACUCCAAGUGAUAGGAAGUUUACCACAUUCCUUGACACUUCUUCUGCAAAGAUCAAAGUUUAGCACAGUCUAAAAUCAUCUUUAAAUUAUGUGCAUCAUUCCUGGUGAUACUUGGAGCACACCUUCCUGUGAUGCCUUAAAUACAAAGAAUUGUGAAAAGGCUUCUGGGAUUUGAUUUAAUAGAAUAUAUCUUUGAUUCCUCUGAAAAGAUCUAUCACCAGCAGAAACAAUUCUUCUUCUUUCUAGUUACACACCCUUGGAGAACACUGAAACCCUUCCCAGCUGCUGUAGAAGGAGCUUGAGAGUUUCAUACAAAUCAAACCAAACCCAGCUUGAAGCAUUCCCAGGAGGCGAGAUACACUGGGAACAAUUACACAAGCAGAGCACAGACCAAAAGGCGUGAAUGACAGAGGAGGUGCCCCCAACUGCAGUUAGUGACAUAAACCUGCGUCUUCUCUGCCACGAUGACAUAGAUGUAGUGAAACAGCUCUGCGGCGACUGGUUCCCAAUUGAGUACCCAGACUCAUGGUAUCAGGACAUCACUUCCAACAAGAAGUUCUUUUCCCUCGGAGCCACUUACAGAGGCACCAUCGUGGGAAUGAUAGUAGCUGAGAUAAAGAGCAGGACAAAAGUGCAUAAAGAGGAUGGAGAUAUCCUAGCUUCCAACUUUCCGGUCGAUACUCAAGUUGCUUACAUUUUAAGUCUAGGAGUGGUGAAAGAAUUUAGAAAACAUGGAAUAGGCUCCCUCUUACUUGAAAGCCUGAAGGAUCAUAUCUCGACAACUGCCCAAGACCACUGCAAAGCCAUUUACUUGCAUGUCCUCACCACCAACAACACGGCAAUUAACUUCUACGAAAAUAGAGACUUUAGACAGCACCACUACCUGCCCUAUUAUUACUCCAUCAGAGGGGUCCUCAAAGACGGCUUCACCUACGUUCUCUACAUCAAUGGUGGACACCCUCCGUGGACAAUCUUUGACUACCUACAGCACAUUGGCUCAACGCUCGCCAGCCUGAGCCCCUGCUCGAUCCCUCACCGGAUAUACCGCCAAGCCCAGAGCCUGCUCCGCAGCCUGCUGCCAUGGCCUGGCAUUUCCGCAAAGAGCGGCAUUGAAUACAGCCGGGCAACGUGACCCAGCAGAGGGUGUCGGCAAAGUGAGAGGAUCAUUCUUCCCUUUACCUCCUGACUCAUCUGGCUCCGCACUGAUUCUUGUGAUGCUGGUUUCCCAUCAACCACCCAGCCUCUUCAAAUUGACCACUCGUCUGUGGAUUGACUGAGAUUUGGCAGACAUAGGCUUGACCUGCUGCAGCCCUGAUUUGUCAUCUUGGCCCAGGGUGCCAAGGACUCCUGUGUGGCUUAACAGCUGUUGCCCACUCAUAAGGGGUGUGACAUGCUAUGGGCAGGAACCCCUUCCCGUGGUGGCCCUGUGCGCAUGGUAUACCUCCUCUCUCCUCCCUCGCCCUUUGCUGUUGGCCAGCUCUCACCUAGAUGCCCACAGGUGUGUGGGAUGCGAUUGUCUGCUUUGCCGUAGCAGAGGCAGGGCCGGGAAUAAGGCAAUCAGCAUGCACUGAGCACUAUGUUAGAGGCCACAACACACCAGAGGGCCAGGGCCGUGUCCUCUCAGUUCAGGGGCAGGUGGGAAUGGGGCACAUUUCUGUUGGGCUCCCAGACUCCUGCUGCAGAGUCUGUGUUGCUGCUGGUAACACUCCUGCCCACACACAGGAAGGAAACUGCUGCUGAGAUGCACAGGGAUCGUCACCAACCCCUGACUUAAAAAGAAGCAUCCGAUUCACGAUGCGCUACAGUAGAAGACAGGGAUUGAAAUUGCUGUUUCAUAGUGAAAUGUAGAUUGUCUAGAUCCUAGCGCUCCCCAGGAGCGCUGUGGGGAGAUGUACAGUUAUUCCUAGAGAGGGGAGCGAGCCACCUCCAUUCCCUUCCACUGUGCUGCUCUGGGAGCCUCAGUUAUCCUCCUGCAGGAUGUUUGGGAGCAAGGUUCGUGCACAGAUCGCUGCUCGUGCUGAAAAUUAGCUGCUGUCCCAGUUGUUUGUAGAGAUUGUGGGCCCCGAGAGAAAUGGAGGGGGUUACGCCACAGGACAGCCUCCCUGGGGCCCUGGCAUGAGUCUGGGAUCAAAGGCCGGGUGGAGACUGCAAUGGGAUUGUCAGCAGUGAAAUGCUUGCUUUGUUUGCACAAGACUUGUGCAGGGCACUUCUCACCAUAUGGCACUUCCAACCAUUGACCUUCCCAAAGGGCAGCAGGCCUCAGCCUCCCGUAUUGCAUUAGCGACCUCAGGGCCACAGGGCUACAUGCUAACAGGACAUUGAAAUACACAGCUGAGACAGCUGCACUAUCCUGAGAGCAAAGCACCCACUGUGGUCAGUGCCUGGCCCCCUCUCAGCCCUCCUUUGCCCCUCAGCUCUGUAUCCCAAUCCCCACUGUUCAUGUGCCUGCUUCAAAACUGGGCCUUGGCCAAGGAAGUGUGGAACAAAAGCUGCUGUGUUGUCGCUGCUGCUGGAGUGGGAGGGGGGAAGUUACUGUGGAGACGGGCCGGCGGGCUCUUAAAUCCGUUCUCCACAAGUCAAAGGGGCGCUGUAGAGGGUAUUAGGUAGGAAUCAUGUCCUCCCACUCAGGGCCUCUGCCAGUGUCCUAGCUCCAGGGCUCUCCCAAACCCAAUCCCGAAUGGGAGCUGAGCAGAGUAGUGCUGUCCGUGCGGUGCGGCACCGCCCAGGGUGCUCCAGUGGGUGUGGCUGAGAGGCAGCAGGGGGAGUCCUUGGGGCAGGUGCUGUUGCCUCAUUCCCAGUGAGGGGCCUGUGGAUCUCACCAGGUGCUGGGACGGUUAAGCAGCUUAGAAGUGGGUUUUUUAAAGGGCUCUGCUGAGCCAAGCCUGUUUCCUGGGGCUGGACCAACAGCCCCCAAACAGAACUUCUCAGACUGGUCCAUCCACCUCCUUGUGUUUCUUGCUGCCCUGGUCCUGAUACUGGUGUGCUCUGUAUGCGGGAGGGGAUUACGAGCUGGUUCCCCGUUUGCUGGAGCGCUCUUGGGGGAGAGGCGGCCGCUCACCCCUGCUCCAACUGUCUAGCCUGGUUGCUAUGUGGAGAAUGGGGCUGGGCCCCAGCCAGCAGUGCUGGCCUGGUUGAGUGGCUUAAGGCAGCAUUUACUCUGCGUGGGGGGGGAGGGUCCUGAAAGCAGUUGCUCCCAGCACUGACCACAGUGAAGUGAGUAGUGGGCCUUAUAUUCAUGAUGCGCUGGGCCUGUUGAGAUCUGCACAGAGAGGGCAGCCUCCCUCUGCCCGACUUACAGCAGCCUGAGCUUUCCUCUCCCCUGUGUUGCAGCCAGGGAAGGCCACCUUACUGCCUGGGUGGGGGCUAAGAGGGGGAGGAGACAUCGAAGGGCUGAACAUGCACCUCACUGACACCCUGCUGUCUCUGCAGCUAGGAGUGGGGGACAUGCCACGUCCUGACUGCUAUGAGCUCUGGCCUGCCCCUGGGUGGGCAGACUGGCAUUGCUCUAGCCCCGGAGUGGGCUGGGCAUCCUAAGACUGAUGGGCUUUCCCUGGGGAGGGGAAUUUUGCUCCCUGCCCUAUCCCCAUGCACAUACUGCAUUUUUAAUAGGGAUGUGCUCAUGAAGUGGAGGGCCUGGCUGAGUUAGCCUGCUCUGAUGCACAGGUAUCAAAAGGGGAGGGGUGCAGCUGCCCUAUGCCUCUGUGCUGCAGAGGAACAGGUUCUUUCAGUUGCGGGGCUGCCAUAGGGGCACAGCAAGACAUCUGGCCUGAGGGGAAAGGCCUUGCCCAUCACAGCCCUUGCGUAAUGGGUGGCUGGCAGCUUGCUUCUGGGGGGGCUUUUGAUUUCUUCCCACUGUACGGCUACGUCUAGACUGGCAUGAUUGGCACGGAUGCUUUUCUGCAAAAGCACUUUUGUGGAAAAGCGUCUGUGCCAAUCUAGACGCGCUUUUGCGCAAGAAAGCCCCAAUCACCAUUUUUGUGAUCGGGGCUUUUUUGCACAAAACAGUACUGUGCUGUCUACACUGGCCCUCUUGCGCAAAAGCAUUGGCGCAAGAGGGCUUUUGCUCGAACGGGAGCAGCAGAGCAUUUCCGCAAGAACACUGACAAUCUUACAUGAGAUCGUCAGUGUUCUUGCGGAAAUUCAAGUGGCCAGUGUAGACAGCUGGCAAGUUUUUCCACAAAAGCACCUGCUUUUGUGGAAAAACUUGCCAGUCUAGAUGCAGCCUACCUGUGCUGAGUCCCUGAGCUCUCCCUUCUGCACCUGAGAUCUUCCCAGGCCCCUGGAAGAAUGGCUUGUGGGGUAGGAGUUGCCAGUUGGAACUAGUCCUGGUCAUGCUGCCUGGAGGCUGCCCUCUAAUGUUAAUUAUAGGGGCACCAAUCCAAGGCCAGCUCCCUGCCUCAGCAGACUUAGCCAGCUGCUCUGUUUGAGCUCUCAAUCAUGUCUCCUCCCCUACAGUAUUUUUGGACCAUGAAUAUACCAAUGUAAAUUACUCUUGAUCUAGUGGCUCCAGCCAGAUUCCGUUCUAAGUUGCAGUAACUGGUUUUGUAUUUUCUUACCUAGUUCAGUUUUUAAAAACUGUGUACUUGUGCAUGAAGGUUUACUUAGUUGCUAAAGCUGCUUUGGUGUGCAUUGGGUUUGCCUGGCACUUGAAUGUCUUUCUGAAACAGCUGUACAAUAAGGAAGCUGUUUCUUCCCUGUUUGCCUGGGUCUUGUACCCUGGGCUGUUGCACAUUCUAACCUUCAACACUCCAGCACAAGAGCAUGGCCAGAGAUGAGCAACUUGUCCUAUCUACCAUGCCCCUCAGCUGUUGCACAGGCUUGUCAGUCACACACCACCCUAUUGCUACCCUACUGCACCGUUAUUUAUUGAAGAGCAUAUUGCUGCCACAGUCAGCCUGUCUCUCUAAAUGUCUUCAAUUAAAAGGGUCUUUUCUUUUGUGAU